AUGCUGCAAAGUCGCAUACUGGGACGGGCGGCCCGCAGCGGCCGCUGUCGCGUGCCUCGCCUCCCGACCUCGACCCUUAUCAGCAGCACCCGCCACGGACAAUGGCUCCCGCGACGCGGCGUCCAGACCGGCGGGCCUUUCAAGCCUAUGCGCCCCCCCACGCCGCAGGAGCUCGGCCGACCGCAGGCCGCCAAGCAGUUCAAGCGCGGCCGCAAGUGGACGCGGCGCCUGCUCUGGACGGCGGCGGUGCUCGGCGGCAUCUACGCCGUCGACAGCCAGGUGUACGCGGCGGGACUGACGCGCACGGCGCGCACCUUUGGCACGACGCUGCUCGUCGCGGUCGACUACAACAUCAACUUCCGCGCCGAGCCCUGGUUCGGCGGCUCCGUCGCCGACCUGCACCGCCGCAGCGCCGAGCGCAUGGCCACGCUGCUGCGCGAGAACGGCGGGCUCUACCUCAAGAUGGGCCAGGCCGUCGCCAUGCAGAGCGCCAUGCUGCCGCCGGCGUUUCAAAAGAUGUUUGCACGCAUGUUUGACGACGCGCCCCAGGACGACUGGCGCGACGUCGAGGCUGUGAUUCGCGCAGACUUCGGCAAGAGCGUCGAGGAGGUAUUUGGUGUCAGCUUUACCGGCAAGCCGGGCUACGGCGUCAUGGAGAAAAAGGCGAGGGCUAGUGCGAGCGUCGCCCAAGUGCAUUGGGCGAAACUGCCUGAUGGACGAGAGGUGGCGAUUAAAGUGCAGAAGCGGGACAUUGCCAAGCAGAUUUCAUGGGAUCUGUGGGCGUUCAAGAGCGUUGCCUGGAUCUACUCGAAAUGGUUCGACAUUCCCUUUUACAGCCUCGUCCCGUACAUGGCCGAACGCCUCGAGCUCGAGACCGACUUCGUCAACGAGGCCAAAAACUCGGAGACGAUGCGCAACCUCAUCCACAACGAAAAGAGCAUGCGCGGCCGCGUCUACGUGCCUACCACCUACCCGGAGCUGACGUCGCGCCGCGUCAUGACGGCCGAAUGGAUCGAGGGCGUGCAGCUCUGGGACAAGAAGACGCUGACGGGCCGCUGGCUGGGCGGCCGCGGCCAGGGCACACCCGGCGCGCGCGUGCCCCUGCCCGAGGUCGACAUGGACGCCAUCCGGCGCGAGGUGCGCACGCAGCCGAACGCGGACCGGCUCAAGCCGGACCGGCAAGAGUGGAAGGGCCGCCGGGGCCAGGGUGGCCUCGGCCUGUCGACCAAGGAGGUCAUGGCCACGGUGACGGACCUCUUUGCCGCGCAAAUCUUCAAAUGGGGCGUCGUCCACUGCGACCCGCACCCGGGCAACGUCUUCAUCCGUCGCCUGCCCAGCGGCCGCGCCGAGGUCGUGCUCAUCGACCACGGCCUCUACGUCUACAUGUCGCCGACCUUCCGCAACCAGUACGCCGAGUUCUGGAAGGCGCUCAUGACGUUUGACAAUGCGACGAUAUCGCGCGUCACGGCGGAGUGGGGUAUCAAGGGCGCCGACUUCUUCGCCAGCGCGACCCUCAUGCGUCCGUACGAGGGCGGCAGCGGCUCGACGCGCGCCGCCAUCCUCGACAUGGACGGCAAGACGGCUGCCGAGCGCCACCACGCCAUGGAGCAAAAGAUGAAGCAGGGCCUGCGCGACAUGCUCGCCGACGAGGACAAGUGGCCCAAGGAGCUGCUGUUUAUCGGGCGCAACAUGCGCAUCGUGCAGGCCAACAACCAGUACAUGGGCUCGCCGGUCAACCGCAUCAAGAUCAUGGGCGAGUGGGCGAGCCGCAGUCUUUUCAUGGAUGCGAGCCUGGGGUGGCGCGCACGCGCGCGCAACGCCUGGCGGCACGUCCUGUUCAAGGCCGUGAUGACGGCUUCGGACGUGGCCUUCUACUGGUUUAAGAUCCGCCAGUGGCUCGGGUUGGGCGGCGGCAUGGAGGACGUCAUGGAGCAGCGGAUGAAGGACAUGGCGCAGGACAUGGGAAUUGAGCUGCAAAAUGAUGUGUUUAGCGGCUGA